UCUCUCUUCUCUUCCUCUUUUCUUUCCCCUAUCCCAUACAAACAAGACUCUUCUUUGUUUGUCUGCGCUUAUCCGUAACACAUCUCACACUUAAGAAAUGCUACAAGAACAGGAAGAACAACAACAACAACAACAACAACAUCAAACACCAGACGACGAGUCCAAAAAGGACGACAGUUCAUCAAUAGCCAAAGAAAGCCCAGCCGUCCGACGUCUUCGAGUAAAGUCAGCAGAGGACUCUUCUGCUACGACUCCGCAUAUUGAUUUCUCCACGCUAACACUCGAAGAUGGUACAACCGUGACCACAAGGGAAAGGGUCGUUCGUGAGGUGACAGCGCCGGCGGUGGGCGUUCCGUCGCAGGAAAACUUUUGGAGCUCAGAACGGCCAGGCUAUCCUGACCUUCAGUUCUUGAAGGAACAUUUUUACCGCGAGGGCCGUCUUUCCGAGGAACAAGCCAUCUACAUCAUUAACAAGGGCACCGAAAUACUCAAGCAAGAGCCAAACCUCUUACACCUUGCAGCACCUAUCACUGUAUGUGGCGAUACCCAUGGGCAAUACUACGAUUUAAUGAAGCUGUUCGAAAUCGGUGGCGAUCCUGCAUCAACGCGGUUCCUAUUUCUUGGCGACUAUGUGGAUCGCGGCUACUUUUCAAUUGAGUGCGUUUUGUAUCUGUGGGCACUCAAAAUAUGGUACCCAAAGUCAUUCUUCCUUUUACGCGGUAAUCAUGAAUGCAGACAUCUUACCGACUAUUUUACUUUUAAAAUCGAGUGUGAGCACAAGUAUACCAAUCGAGUCUAUGAUGCAUGCAUGGAGUCCUUUUGUGCACUUCCGCUUGCAGCAGUGAUGAACAAGCAGUUCUUAUGUGUUCACGGCGGAUUAUCGCCGGAAUUACACGUUCUAGAUGAUUUUGCAAAGAUCAAUCGGUUUUGCGAGCCACCAACGCAUGGACUCAUGUGCGAUCUUUUAUGGGCUGAUCCGAUGGAAAACUUUGGCCAAGAAAACACACGCGAUCACUUUGUUCAUAACCACGUACGUGGAUGCUCGUACUUUUACAGUUAUGCUGCUACAUGCGCCUUCCUAGAGCGAAACAGUCUUCUUUCUGUUAUACGUGCGCAUGAGGCACAAGAUGCAGGUUAUCGAAUGUAUCGAAAGAGUAAAACAACAUCAUUCCCGGCUGUGAUUACGAUUUUUUCCGCUCCAAAUUAUUUGGAUGUUUACAAUAACAAGGCGGCGGUUCUGAAAUACGAAAACGACGUUAUGAAUAUCCGUCAGUUCAAUUGCUCGCCACAUCCAUAUUGGCUACCCAACUUUAUGGAUGUUUUUACCUGGAGUCUACCAUUUGUUGGAGAAAAAAUUACCGACAUGCUUAUUGCCAUCCUCAAUAUCUGCAGUCAAGAAGAACUUGCAAAUGAGCAACAUAGAAGAUCGCUAGACGGGCCAGCAGUUACUAGCACAAAUAUGACAGAAGAAAUGGAAGCGCGUCGUAAUAAUAUUCGAAAGAAAAUUCUUGCAGUCGGCAAAAUGUCACGUGUCUUUACUGUACUACGCGAGAAUUCAGAACAAGUGAUGGAACUAAAGAACGUGUCGCCUACGGGUAAAGUACCCCUUGGUACACUGGCAUCAGGCGUUGAAGGCAUUAAACAAGCUAUCAACACGUUUGAGGAUGCAAGACGUUCGGAUAUGGAGAACGAGCGCUUGCCACCUACGCGUGAAAUGAAGGAUGCAAUGAUGAAGGAUGAGACAAGCAACAGAAUUCGAGAUGCUGUGGAGGAAGAGGAUAAAGCUUUGAAUAAAUUGGCAGAUGUCUUGGUUAACGAUCCGGAUCUGUGUCAAGAUGAAGCCAUAGUCAAGCCAUAAACUUUGUAAAAUGUAUAACUUUCUUGUCAGUAAAAAAGGCAUUCGUUUGCAAUAUAUACACCGU